GAUUUCUAAAUUUUUGAUACUCAGCUCUGACUUCUGAAUUGAUACGAAAAAUUGAAUUUUGACCUCUAAGAAUUCAUCUUCCGAGUUGUGGAUUUAAAAUUUUUCAUUUUCGUCCUGUUGAUGAUAUUAAUUCCUGAUCACGAGACCGCUAUUUAAAGUUUGCCAUUUUAAAAUGUUGAAAACUACAAACUAUUUAUCCUGAAUAAAAUUCUCAUUUGAAGAAUCAUGGAUGAGCUUUAAACCAAAACGAAGCUUUUGAGGGUUUGAGAAAUUCAAAUAUGACCUCAAAUCUACUCAGUCUAAUGAAACAUAGAUUCAAGAUUGAAUUUGAAUGCAUAAAAACAGGCUUUUCAUUCCAAAAUAUUAAUUUUUUGAAUCGGUCAAACACUAUUUUUCAGUUGUAAAUUGUAGAUGGCAGCUCUAUCCUGCUGUUAAACUAAAUUGAAACUCAUUUUCGACUAUCUCCGGGGUUAAAGGGUGAUACGGUCAAAAUUUGGUCAAGGGAAAACGCGUGUAAAUCGGUGAAAUCGUCUAUUUAAAAAAUCAAAUUAAAUUUCUUUUUCAAGUUUAAUUAAUAUAAAAUUCAGGAAAAAUAUUCAGUUAGGCUUCCGCUUUUCCAAAUCCGAAUCGCCGGGCCUUACGCUUAACCCCUGCCAUCAGAUUUUGUACCGCCACCUUGUCCACCUUCUUCACCGCAGAAAGCCAGUUUGCCUUGAACUGCUGCUCGUCCUUAGCAGUUUUUUGGUCUUCUUUAGGUUCCGCUUGACAAUAGCCCAGUAUUUCUCAAUUGGGCGGAGCUCUGGCGUGUUGGGAGGGUUCUUGUCCUUGGGAACCACCUGCACGUUGUUGGCGGCGUACCACUCCAUGGCCUUUUAACCGUAAUGGCAAGAUACCAAAUCCGGCCAAAACAGUACGGAACAACCGUGUUUCUUCAGGAAAGGCAGCAGACGUUUAUUCAAACACUCUUUCCCGUAAAUUUCUUGGUUGACAGUCCCGGAAGCUAUGAAAAUGCUGCUUUUCAAGCCACAGGUACAGAUGGCUUGCCAAACCAAAUAUUUCUUCGCGGACUUUGACAGUUUCAUGUGCUUGAGAAUAUCUGCUACCUUUCCCCUUCCUUUUGCCGUAUAAAACUCCUGUCCCGGAAGUUGCUUGUAGUCGGCUUUGACGUAGGUUUCGUCGUCCAUUACCACGCAGUCAAACUUCGUCAGCAUCCUCGUGUACAGCCUCCAGAUCACUAAAUCAAAUAAUUAGAAUUGUAUCAAAGUCACUAAAAAGUAAACUUCUUGCACCGAUAAUUAAUCAGAAUAAUGUUAUAUUUUUUUUCCGAUGAAAAUUGAUGGACCAGAUGGCUAGCUGUAUUAUUGGUAUGAUGAGAUGAGCAGAAACUUGGACGGUGGUAUAUUCUAGGCUGUUGUACAAAAAACUGUUGUCCGAUAGCAAAACCAAAUCAGUGAUUAAUAAACAUGAAGAUAGUGACAUCCGGGUGAAGAAAAUGUGAGCGCAACUUUUUAAAUGAAAGUGGAUACCAGUAGUGUUCGACAGAAACAAAAGAAAAAAACGGGAAACGACCUAAAGUGAAAUGGCAACGACCAACCGUAAUCGCAACAACAUUCUCACGCUGAACGGAACCGGUGCUCUGAAUGGGAUGCACCUACAUCCCUAUCAUCAUCAGCCCCAGCUGGCCGAACCUCAGCACCCGCAGCCAUCUUCCCAGGACAGCACCGGAAGCAGCAGUCACAUCGAAGGACUCCCGAAACCGUUCGUAUCCGCCAUGAAGACCCUGUUCGACAUAAUGGACGAUAAGAAAACCGGUUUGGUGCGGCUGGCAGACAUCGAAGAUCGAUGGCAGGAUGAUGGAUCCAAGGGCCUGCCGAGGGGUGUAAUUGAUAGCUUGCGCAAAGUUACACCCUCAAGUGGACUGCUUUCGUUCGAGCGUUUCUGCAGCGGUCUCAAAAUCUGUCUGAUACGCAACCAAACAGAAAAAAAUCGAACAAGGCUUGGAAAGGAAUCGGAAAAAAUGCCCCUUUCCCCGGCCAAAUUGUCGGUGCGUCCUCCUUCGGCCCCCCUACUUGACCUAGAUACCUUGCCGAAAACUUCUUGGAAUAUGAGUGCAAAUACGGCAACCGUGAGGCCCAACAACGCAAUGCCGGCACAAAAAACGCUCAGUAUGCCGCAGCUGAACCCGGACAGUGACUCAGAUUUGGUCCUCGAAUCACCACCCAUCAUCCUCCCGGGCACCUUCGGCCCUCCCAAACCCCCACGAGUUUCUCUCAAUUUGGAACGCAAUCAACAAAACAACAAUCCCGGCAUCGAUAAGGCUGAAAUUCGAAACGCGUUGCAACACUGGCAAAUGUCGCUGCUGAUGAGCGAAUCAGACAAACCGGAUAAGUCUCAUCUCCGGUUGGCCCGCGGGUCAGCCGAUGGCCAGAUUGACCAGUCUACGAGUUCAUCACCCUCGCUGCAGCAGCUUCAUGCGUCGUCGCUCGGCGGAGGGCUGUACCAGAAGAAGUCUGGCGGUGGCGGAACGGGAAAUCGUCGGCGGGAACCCCGGAGACAUACGCUGCAGAACGGAAUCGACUACAACAUGCUCAAGCGGCUGAAGCAGAUCGAACAGGAGAAAGACAUCCUGGUGCAGGGACUGACGGCGGUGGAGAAAGCGCGCGAUUGGUACCUCAAACAGCUGGCCGUGGUGCAAGAUAAGAUCAAGUAUCUCGGGCGGUCCGGAGCACAUGUGGAAAUAUGGACCGACGCACACCAGGAACGUUUGGAUCUGCAGCGGGCUAGGGUGUUGGAAGUGAACCGUCACCUGACGACCCUCGCCGAUAGCUGGGAACGGGGAGGUUUUCCGAUGCACAUGAAUCUUGCCCUGCGUCCGACCGGGCCCUACAACUACGGUCAUCUCCACCACCCACAACAGCAGACACAACAGCCUCAACGAGCGCAAGGUCAAGCCCAGCCGACCGGAAACAUUACUUCCCCCCAGAAACAACAACAACAACAGCAACAACCGGAUAUGACAAUGGUGCGAUUGAAACAACAAAACGUGGCGCUGUCGGAAGAGAUCAAUCAGAAGAACGAAAAGCUAUCACUACUGGAGCGGGAAAAAUCAUCUCUCAUCCGGGAGCUGUUGCAGAUGCAGCGAAACAACCGAGCCAGCAGCAUGACAUCGAACACCGAGGAAAUGGUCUUUUAAAACAAAGGAAAAUUUCAACCAGCAACGUGUUCGGUUUAGGUUAUGUUGAUUAACUUCAAGAAGAUUUCAUAUGUUGGUUAGUUCAAUUUUUGAGUUACGAUCGAGUGCUAGUCAAUAGCAGUUUUUAUUAACACAAUUAUAAACUAACGUUUCUUCCAGUUUGUGAUUUACUUUAAUCGUGACAACACUACAAGAUUUGAGAAAUAUAAAUUUAAAAACUAGAU